AUGGGCAUUAUCAAAAUCAGUCCAUAAUAGAUUCAAUAUCAUGACAUCAAACACAGCUGAAUCAUUGAAUGCCGCCAUCAACAAAGCAAGAGAGCUACCUAUCUCAAUGUUAUUUGAAUACUUGAGAAGCUUAACUCAGAGAUGGAGUUAUAAAAACAUACAUUUGGCAAGAUGUACAAUUACAACACUGAUGCCUAAACAUGAAGAAAGUUUGAGGGAGAGCUUCAUAAACUGCAUUAAACUAGAGGUGGAGCAAACAAGUGAUGAAAUAUUCAAAGUUAGUAAUGGUGACAAAACAAACACAGUCAAUAUUAUGGAAAGAACUUGUACAUGCAAAAGGUUUCAAUUGGAUAUGAUACCGUGCAUACAUGCUUUAGCUGUUUUUAAUGACAGGCAUCAGGAUCCUUAUGAAUACUGCUCAAAGUAUUACACAAAAAACGAAAUGCUAGCUGCUUAUGAAGACAUAGUCUAUCCAAUUGCAAACGAAGAAUCAUGGGAUAUUCCAAUAGAAAUAAAAAAAUCAAGUUGUUCUAACACCAAAGGGAAAGGUUAAAGCAGGUAGACCAAGAAAACAAAGGAUCAAAGGACCAAAUGAAAAGUCAAACAAAAACAGAUGUGGAAGAUGUGAAAAAUAUGGUCAUAAUAAGAAGACAUGUAGAAAUCCUCCAAAAAAUUGAUACAAUUCUUGUUUGUAUUUUUUAAUAUUUUUGAACAGUUUUAAAUAAUUUUUUUCUUAUUGAAUUCAUUGUAAGACAAUUUACAUAAUAGCAUUGAAAAAAGUUACAAUC